AAACAUUAAAGUAUCGACUUUCAGAGUUCCUCAGUCUAAAGUUUCCACAUUUUGGCGUCGUUUUGGUUCGAUAUCACGCGACCUUGGUAUUACGCAACAAACACGUGUGUGAUGUCAGAUUGCAGCAAUUAUGAUGUCAUAAUCACGGUUUGUUAUGCGGGGAUUCCCAACAUUUGGUUAUUACGUAACAAUGGAAGUACGGGGGUACAUUGUUUGUCGUUUAUCCUUGUCACAACUGGAGAUUAUGACGUAAUGAUGACGUCACAAGGAGGAAUCGUGAUCAACAAUGGAACAGAGUGUUGACGUCACAGAAGAAUUCUCAUUCAUAGAUGCAGCGACGAGACGACCCCUCCCCACCCCCAAAAAAGCCCCACAGAACCCCAGAGGCGGAAUCAACCUCACAUGGAAACGACUUAGCGUUGCCCAGCCAUGUCAGUCAAAUCAAACACGGACAAGUUUCUGGAGGAUCCAUUUCGUAUCGUUGCGCGGGAAAUCGUCCUGGUCAGUGCGGACCUUAUAACAGAAAACAGAGAAAUCACAACAAAAUAGAAAAGAGAAAAAGGCGAGCUUGUAAAAAGAGAGAAAACAAAUGUAAAAGGAAUAAAAUCCGGAAGUGCCAUCGAUCACGGAAGUGUCGGUCACACGCAGUGAAGAGAUGUCGAAGAUUGAAGCGAAGGUGUAUGAAUAACCGGCCGUUGGUGGAGAACCCACCGCCCAAGAACCCAAACGACAAGCCAGCAUCUACACCUACUAUAAUACCUAAACGCGAAAAAGAGAAGUGCAACAACACAUACGAAUGCGCCGAUGGUUUCUGUUGCGCACAACAUGGUUUAGUUAAGAGAUGCAAACCCUUUCUUAGGAUUGGACACAUAUGUCCUCGUCCAAGACAGCACCAUAAACGUAGCCCUGACUCCUACGAACGUUGCGACUGCGAAGCUGGGCUGGCAUGUCUUGCUUCAACAAACCGCCAUCACAAGUGCCAACGUACGUCAUUGAUAACGUGACGUUACUAUUGAUUACGUCACUGUGACGUCAAGUUGCUUCGGGGUGUACAGGGGGGCGGGUCGAUGACGUAGUAGUCAAGACAUUGUUACAGAAUACUGGCCAUUGUAAUUGUAAAGCAACAAUACCUGAAAACUUAAAACGCUCGAAAUUGCGCGAAGGUGGAAAUCGCCCGAUAACCGACCAGCCUUGAAAUUACUCCGCGGUUCAAAUUUGCUCCAAUGCUAAUGCGAUUGCGUGGUCUCGGCUUCGGCCAAAAGGUCUUCAUUAUACGCUUGUGUUGGUUAAAGCAGCUGAAGGUAUUUGCAAAACAACCCAAAAUGCCGAUGCUAAAACACAUAUGCCGCAAAAUGAAAGCGGACACGCGAUUUUUGCUCUUUUCGCUCAUUUUCUGUCAAACAUGAUGAAUAUGUGUCAAUGGUUCAUGCGUCACCACAAUAAACAACAAUUACAAGUAAAAACCCCAUUUUCAACCACCCACCCGCUAAAAUUUUGUGAAAAUUUUACUUUUUUCGCUGCUCUUUUAAUAACCAUGAAAUAACUUUGUAUUUUCUUGUUUUCUUUUAAUUUUCGUUCCCCUAUUCAAUACAAGUUCGUUCUGGAA